AUGACGAACUCGGACAAAGACUUGUCGGGCAAGGACGAAGAGGUCCGACAACAAAAUGACAGUAGUAGCAUCAAUGCUGCGGAGAUCGCGGUUGACCCUCAGGAACGGGCGGUAUUGUCCAAGUUCGACAAGUUUGUAAUGCCGCAGAUGGCGCUUCUGUGCCUCUUCGCCUAUCUUGACCGAACAAACAUUGGAAAUGCUCGCGUAUUUGGUUUGGAAGAAGACACCGGUAUGAAAGGCACCGACUUCAACGACAUCUCAAUGUACUUCUACAUCUCCUACGUAAUCUUCGAGACGCCUUGGGUCAUGGCCGUCAAGAGGCUGGGUCCGGGUCGCGUUCUUGCCGUCGCGAUCACCAGCUGGAGCGCCAUCACCAUCGGUACCGGUUUCAUCAACAGCUACGGCGAAGCAAUUGCCUUGCGAGUCCUCCUUGGCUUCUUCGAAGCCGGCCUCUUCCCAGCCCUGAUCUACGUCAUCUCGGAAAUUUACCCUCCCGCGUCGCAGGGUAAGCGCGUGGCCGUACUGUACAUCACCAUCGCGCUGUCUGGUGCGCUGGGCGGGUUGUUCGCGUACGGUGUGCAGAGUAUGGGAAAACGCCACGGAUUGUCUGCCUGGAGGUGGUUGUUCAUUGUAGAGGGUGUGAUUUCGCUGGUCAUAGGUGUCCUUUGCUGGAUCACUUUGCCGAAAUCACCAGAGACAGCCUGGUUUCUCAAGGAAGAGGAGAAAGCUGUCAUGGUGCGCAUCAAGGAGCGAGGGCAGCCAUUCAAGGAGAAGAGCUCGUUUUCUUUGCCGCAGCUUGUCAUGGCCAUUACCGACCCCUUCGUCUACCUCGCUUCUGUGGCACUAUUCUGCUCCUCAAUCGCCCUCUUCGGUUUCGGCACGUUUCUUCCUACUCUGCUCAAGGGACUCGGGUACACUUCUCUUCAGGCGAACUACUUGAGUAUCCCCGUUUAUAUUCUGGCAUCCAUCUCAACCGCAAUCACAACCUUCGUUUCUGACAGAAUGAACCGCCGCGCAGUCUGUCUCAUACACUCGCCCCUGUUGGUCAUCUGUGGGUAUGCCAUCGCGGUUGGCACCGGCAAUAAAGGCGCUGGGUUCUUUGCCAUGUUUCUUGUGGGCGCCGGUGUUUACUCUUUCAACACUGUCCUCGUCACCUGGGUUUCGAACAACAUUCAACCUGACUACAAGCGCUCUGUUGCAAUCGCCAUGCUCAUCUCUCUUGCAAACGCUUCUGGAAUGGCCGCGUCCCAGAUUUACCCGUCAUACGACGCCCCAAGAUACAUCAUGGGCAAUGCCGUUUCUCUGGGAGGAGAGGUUAUUGCACUGAUUUGCGUAGGUUUGAUUUACAUGCUUCUGAAAUGGCGCAUGCGCCGGAAGGAGCGUCUGCUGGCCGAGGGCAAGGAGAGCAACGGUAAGGAUGGCGACCAAGCAUUGACCUUCCAGUAUGUGUUUUGA